AUGAGUCUCAUAUACGCCAAAGCAUCAACACAAGAGAGAGAAGAACAAAAGGAUCAACACGAGAGAGAGAGAUUUGAGAUCAUCGGAGGAAUGGUGUUCAGCAGCCCACUGUUGGCGGGGGUAGUGAACGUAUCUGCGAAUGUUUGCCAAUACAUAGCGUGCAAUCCAGAGAGACUGAGCAGCGAACAAGUCCUCUAUCUCCUCUUCUGCUUCCCAUUCCAGCAGUUUCGCCGCUUCGCUCUCUGCCUCUGGACCUUCUUUUGCUUCCCUCCUCCCAACCCAUAUGUCUCAUUUUCUGACUCCGAUCCCGAUCUCGACGAUUCGCACUCCGAUUGAAAUAUAUAUAUUCAUCCCAUGUACAGUACCCUUUUACCGUUAUUUUCUGUAUUCGUCCUUUAUUUGAUGCUAUAAACGCAAUGUUGAUUAUGCAGAUUUUGAUUUCCAUGUAAUUUCGUGCGUUAAAUGAAAGAAAAGGAAUUUUAGUUCUCAAAAUAAUAAUGCGUUGAAAAAUUUGGGUGUUUGAGAUUUUUGUUCCUGUUAUUGGGUUGAUGAGUAUGUUGUUGUUUCG